AUUAAGUAAAAUUGGGUUGAAAUGGUUAUAAUUAUAGUUUAGAAUUAACGAUUGGGUCAAAAAUACUUUGGUGAAAACGCCCCCGUCGUAUUCGUACCCAAAAUAUUUUCGUCUUUGUUGUGUUUAUUGAUUCGAAGGGGUUUCGAGCCGAGACCCAGUUUUUUCGGGCCAAAUUAACACCUCCCAAUCGAAUAUUUUGCCGAAACUCCGCCGAAAAUCGCUUCGAAAUCCUCAAACACGAUCCGAAAAUCGUUCGCGAGGAUGAUGUCCGCGAAGAAAAUCGCAACCGAACAAGAACAAGAAGCCACAAUUAAGGAGUCGCUGUUUGAAUUCGUUAAUAAACACAUUCCGGACGCUGAUCUCACUUUAAUCGACGAGAUCGUGCUUAGUUAUGUCGUUUCGAUUUUAGAGGAUGUUAGUUCUGAUCCUGUUUUUGAUGUUGAAGGUUUUUGUGAAAUGAUGAGUGCUUAUUUCCCGGAAUUUGAGUCGAUAAAUCACGCGACGGUUUGCCAAUGGAUGUUUGAGUUAGAAGCGAAGCUUCGCGAAGUCGAAGAUGAAGACGCGAUCGAAAAGGGGAUCGCAGAUCUCGAUAUAUCAUUACCGGAGAUUCUUCCAAAAUCAAAACCGCCCCGUUCCCACACCAACUCCGAGUCUGAGCCGCCAAAACGCGUGCAUAAAAUCUCCGAGAUGAGCGACGCCUCGACGGAUUCCUCAACUUGCGGCGAUUACACUGAAGAAAUCGACGCUUUAUCGGAGAUGUUUCCUCACGUAUGUAAUUUAGAGUUAAGGUAUUGUUUGGCGAUUGCUUGCGGCGAUUUGGAGCGCGCCACUCAAAUAUUAUUGCACCGCCAAGAGAAUGGGCAAAGUUUAAAUCCGAAUAGUUCGUUAAGUUUUCAUUUACAAAAUCAAACGAAAGCCAUCGACGAUGCUGAAUUAAAAAAUCGUAUCAUCGAAAGGUAUUCGUACGUCGAUAAAGAUUCAUUUUUGCGCGAGCAUCGACCGGUUGCUCCAAAAGUUGAACCAAAAAAGCUGGUUCGUUACCGAGACAACAAAAUCGUUAGUCUAAAAGGUGAGAGAUACACCGAAGUGAAAAAAGGCGAAGAUGUCGACGACGUUUCGUUGAGAAAAUCGAAAAAGGGUCAUACUCCGUAACAACAACAACAAUUAUUGUUGGUUCUUCUUAUAAUGAUCAUCGUUUUUGUCAUUGAAUUGGAGAAAAAAAUGUUUGGAGUUAAAAUGUUGUUAAUCGGAGUGAUUUUGUUGUUUUCAAUGAUGAUUAUGAUGGUUGUAAGUGUACCUCGUUUAAAAAAACGUCGUCGUAUUAUUAUUAUUAGGUGUUUUAUUAAUAAAUGUAUCGUUUCGGUGGUAAAUUCGAAAAUGUACGUCGAUGAGGUUAAAAAGUAGCUAUAAGGAGCAAGUUUUAAGUAUCUCUUUAUGAAGAAAAUCGAUCAAAAAAA